UGUGUAGCCGGGUCAAAGUUUACAUCACAGGAAAGGGUUGAGUGGUUUCCUUUGCGUCAUACAACGGGGAAUUCUGUAGUUCUGUGUGCGCCUACAUAGAAAUGGAAUGAGUUUUUGUUGAAAUUUAGAAACACAUACACAAUUACUUCAUUUUUUUAACCUUAUUUCGGUGAGGACACUGUACAAAAUGACGUCAGUCCAACAAGUAAAAGCUCCGGCCACGGUGCCAGUGCGUGGCCCUGGUGAUGGCAUGGAGACAGAUGAGCCAUCCAAAUCCCUGGAGGUCAUCACUGAGCUCCCCUGCAAGAGCAGCCCCAUCCAGCUUGGCCCAAGAACAAAGCCAGCCCCACCUCAGAAUCCUGGAGUACUUCACCUGGGUAGAAUUCAAAAAGAUUUGUCCAUUGAGCUUGAAGCCAUCCGUAUUGUGGUUCCUCGAGCGGCUAUCUCUCAUACUAUCCCUUCGAAGGGCUCGAGGUUGACUGAGCUGGCAGGGCAUCAAAAAAUUGAGCCUGUCCAUUCAGAAGCAGCGAUAGACUCCCGACGGGAAGGACAGGAACUGAAAGCCACCCUGGACAAGCUACAGAACUCGGAGAGGAGGCUGCUGCAGGAUAAGGAAGGCCUUUCAAACCAGCUCAGAGUUCAGACAGAGGUGAACCGUGAGCUGAAGAAGCUGCUAGUGGCCUCAGUGGGCGAUGACCUGCAGUACCAUUUUGAGCGCCUGGCACGUGAGAAAAACCAGCUUAUCCUGGAAAACGAAACUCUAGGCCGUAACCUGACUCAGAUAUCUGAGCAACUUGAACGCAUGACCAUUCAGUGUGAUGUGUGGCGGAGCAAGUUCCUGGCCAGCAGAGUGAUGGCUGAGGAGCUGACCAAUGCCAGGACAGCACUGCAGCGCCAAACCAGGGAAGCUCAGGGAGCGAUACAAGACCUUCUCAGCGAACGGGAGGAAUUCUCCAGAGACAUGUCUGAGACUCACAGGUCACUAGAGCAGCUUUUGGUUUCUUUGCAAUGGGGCAGGCAACAGACCUAUUACCCCAGUGCACAGCCUCUCACCACUGGCGAGCUUGCUGCAGCCAAUCAGAAGCUAGCGAAGGCAGUGAACUCUCAGCUCCUUGGCAAUUUAGACACAAGUAUCAGCCAGAAAAUGUCUCCACCAACUGUAAUUUGCAAUACUCCAGCUGAAAAGAUGGCAGAAAAGGUGUUAAGAAUCUUGGAUCCUGUUUUAUGUACCGAAGAUGCAUCUGAAGUUUCGUUUUCUGAACCCUUACCUACACCGUUCCUCUCUAACAAGAAAAGUAUUGGUCGGUUUCAUCCCUACACAAGAUACGAAAACAUUACCUUCAAUUGUUGUAAUCGCUGCAGUGGGGAGCUAAUAGUGCUCUAAACUAUGUGCUAUACAGUACUUUUAGUAUUGCAUUAAACUCAAAGGUCCACAAUCUCUAAUAGGUGCUAUAAAAUUGCAUAUUUUAAAUUAUUCUAUUUUCUUAAGCUUAAAUUGAAUAUUUAUAGGUCUGAUAGUGUAACAAAAAGUAUGUUUACCAUCAUUGUUACAAGUUUUGCUUUUUGGAUGCAGUUUGAAUAUUAUUUACAGGAGGGAGCAGGUCAAAGCAGGACCAAAACAGUAAGAGAAUGAUGCAGUGUUCAUUUUCAACUUCAAUCACAUCUGUAUUACUUGUUGAAGCUGAACUUGUUUAUUACUCCAUAUUUAUAUGGUCUGUAGUAAAUUGAUCAAGUUAAACAGCAUUUCCCAAGUAUUAAAUUUUUUUUUUCAAUAUCCUAUUGCAUUGAGUUAUGCAUUUUUGAUGGUAAUCAUCAAAAAGAGAAACUGAAUAUAUAGUAGCAAAUGUAUUUUGCAGCUGCUAGAUACUGGUGGAGGUCAGAAAUUUAAAAUGAAAACAAUGUUGUGAAACUGUCUGUGAUUUAUCAUAUCUUUACCAAGAGCUUAGAGCUUUGCAGGGAGCAGAAUUCGAUUUGGUUUUUCGUAUGUUAACAGACUAGGUAAUAACUUAAAAAUAAAUAUACCGGUACACUGACCAGGGUUUGUUUUGAAGGUACCUUGUUUGUUUAUUUUGUAAAUUUAAUACAGAGAUGUAGACAAACUUACCAGCAUAGUAUAAAGCUGGGUUCACACCUGAGCGAUCAGUUGCACAACUUACUUGCAUGCAACCAAGUCGCUUAUAUGUGGACGUCCUUGCAACCAGUUGCUUGAAGUACAGCCGGGCUCUACUUUCCAAGCAACCUCCUGAUCGACUUCUGUAGACAUAGGCGAUCACGUGGCAAUUCGCAAACUCUAAUUGGUUGUUAUAAUGCUGACUGCACGGCUUGCAUAGCCUGUCAUAAAGAAUCUCUAAUUUUAAAAAUGUCGGCGGUAAAAUUAAACGGUUUCAUCCAGCUUUAUGUGGCUUUGUUUUUUUCUUUAGGGAAUAUGGCAUUUAAAAUAACAACAGUUAAAAAAAUAAUAACAGCCAACUCUUGUGUCAUCUCAGUUGUCAAAAAACAAAAUAAAAUACAUACAAUUCUAAACUUGUAGACACAGGACAAAAAAAAAAAAAAAAACACAUGUCAACUCAGUUGUCAAAACCAAAAAAAAACUACUUCACCUUGUAGGUGGAAUAAAAAUGUAAAAAAAAAAAACUGUCACCUUAAACUUGUAGACGCGGGAACCUUGUUGCACAAGUAAUUGCUCAGAUGUGGACACAGCAAUUGCUCGCAACUGAGUUACGCGAUUUCGGGAGCAAUUGGGUUGCACAACUGAUCGCUCAGGUGUGGAUCCGGCUUAAGAACAGUGUUAUGAGACAUGGAAUCUGAUGUGUUCAGGUGUAAUCUGGAAUUGUAUUGUUACGCUUUCUUUUUCCAAAGGUUUAUAUUGUGUAUGUCUGAUGCUUUUAGAAGUGAUGGUUGUAACCCAGUGGUGCAUCAUUGGUGUUCUUUAUUGUGAAUUCACACUUAUGAGCAAUAAAAACAAGUAUUUAUAUAAA